CACAUUUGAGAGCAGAAGAAAACAAUAUAUUUUCUCAUUUUUAUAUCGGUUUAAUUUACAAAAUAAACUUUUUAUAAGAAAACAAGAAACAUAAAAUGAAUCUAGAACUCCUUGAUUUAACUGGAAGAAAAGAAUUGGACCAAAGCGGGACUCGAACCUGCUACUCCCACUUACCGUGUGGAUGCGUUGCCAGUUACACUAUACAGACCUCUGAAUCAUUUGGACAGAAUUAUCCUGAGGAAUUUGAUGGAGCUUUGGAUUGCAUCAGUUUAGCUGUAACCUGUGCUUUUAAUAAACGUGGAACUCUUCUGGCUGUAGGUUGCAAUGAUGGACGUAUUGUUGUCUGGGACUUUUUAACUAGAGGCAUUGCAAAAAUAAUUAGUGCUCAUGUGCAUCCUGUUUGUUCUUUAAGCUGGAGCAGAUCUGGUCAUAAAUUAUUAAGUGCAUCCACUGAUAAUACUGUUUGCAUAUGGGAUGUUUUAAGUGGAGACUGCGAGCAACGUUUCAGAUUUCCAUCUCCUAUUUUAAAAGUUCAGUUUCAUCCAAGAAAUGAAAAAAUGUUCUUAGUUUGUCCUAUGAAACAUUCAGCUGUUUUAGUGAAUGUUGAAGGAUCUCAUUCAAUAGUGCCUCUAGAUGACGAGUCAGAUGUCAAUAUUGUUGCAAGUUUUGAUAGGAGGGGUGAAAAUAUCUACACUGGUAAUGCCAGAGGAAAAAUUCUAGUUUUGUCACUCUCGAAUCUAGGAGUAGUUGCUUCGUUCAGGGUGACAACCGGAACGUUUAAUACAACUGCAAUAAAAUCAAUUGAAUUUGCAAGAAGAGGAGAUUGCUUUCUAGUCAGUACUGCAGACAGGAUUAUCAGAGUGUAUGAAAGUGGAGAAGUUUUAGCAUGUGGAAAAGAUGGAGAACCAGAACCUGUACAAAAACUUCAAGAUUUAGUGAAUAAAACUAUGUGGAAGAAAUGCUGUUUUUCUGGUGAUGGAGAAUACAUCUGUGCUGGAUCUGCAAGGCAACACGCUUUAUAUAUUUGGGAGAAAAGUAUUGGAAAUUUAGUAAAAAUUCUUCACGGCACUAAGGGAGAGUUGUUAUUGGAUGUAGUAUGGCAUCCGGUAAGACCCAUCAUUGCCUCUAUUUCGAGUGGCGUAGUCUCAGUUUGGGCUCAGCCUCAAGUAGAAAACUGGAGUGCUUUUGCACCAGAUUUUAAAGAAUUAGAUGAAAAUGUAGAAUACGAAGAAAGAGAAAGUGAAUUUGAUCUGGAAGAUGAAGACAGAAGUCCAUUACUUCAACAUGAGAAACAAGAAGAGGACGAAGAGGUGGACGUCGUCACAGUGGGGCCUAUUGCUGCUUUUUGUAGCAGUGAUGAAGAAAAAGAAGAUUUAGAUGCUCUGUUAUAUCUUCCAAUUUCACCAGAAAUUGAUGAGCCUGAAGAAGGUUGGGGACAGAUACCCGAACAGGUAUUUCCAAUAAUGAUUCUCCAUCUCAAAAAUUUGCCAAUGACACAUUUUAUACUAACAAUGUAAUUUACAAACACACAUCAGGAGUACUAGGUCAAUUACUUUUGAUAAUACCAAUGGCAAUAGAAGAUUGAAGUUGUACCACAUGUAAAUUUAUUGGAUGUUAAAUCUCUUAGAUAUUUAUAUGCAAUUUGAUAUUUAAAUGUACCACAGAAGCCUUCUAUUGCUAUCAUUUUUGUACUACUUUGGAUAGUACCAAAGAUUUCAAGACUUGACCUCUGGGUUAAAUAUAAGAGAAUUGCUUAUAUUUUUUGGUAUUUUUGGCUUAUUCCUGUGUGAGAAUGAGAUAAUUUGAAAAUUAGUCUAUGGUUAAGAAUUACAUAGAAAAAUUAGUAUUAAACUGCCAUUAAAUACGUUAAAAUUAGACUUGAAAUUAUAUUUUAAUAUAAUUUAUGGCACUUUUGUAAAUGAAGGCAAAUGUUCAUCAUUUCUUAAUGGAUAAAAUUUAUUAUCUGUAAUUUCAAUUCCAUCUGACUAAUUUUUAAAAUUUUCUCAUUCUGAUGCAGGAGUAAGCACUUCUGUUUUGUUCUUAGAUAUUUUAUUGGUUAUUAAGUCAGAAGUGUUGAUGGAAAAUUUAUUCAACUUCAUUAUUCAAUAAAUUUUUAUAAACAAAAAACAUUUUCUAAUCAUACAAUGGAUUUGUGUUAUUAGGUUAUGUGAUUUACUUAAACUUUUAUAUUUAACAAAUUUGUUAAAGUUGUGCAAAUGUUGAUUUAAAAUAAUUUUAAUAAUUUAGAAUUAAUUG